AUGGAAAAGCUGUACACGUUGAGCAAUCCCAGCACCUUUGUGGGCUCCGCACGCCUUCACCUUCCUCCUACGUACUCGAAUACAACUCCUCCUAAAGACAACGGGUGGAGUUCACCAUCGGAAUACAGUAGCAGCGAAGGCGUGUCAUCGCCGGCGUCUGACGAUGUGCCGCCCUCCUUUUUGCCGACCAAUUUCGACCACGAUUGGGACAUCCUGAGUGAUAUAUUAAUAAACGAUGCACUCAGUGGGCUUCCCCCAGCCUCGACUAUUUCAUCGGAUCAUUCGACGCAAAACAAUGCUCAAAAUGCCUCCUCACCGGCGUCUUCGUCCACUGGGGACCGUCCAGCAGAUUACAGUAGUUCGAGCAGCGUCUGUAGCGUGGCAGAUGUAGGUUCCGUUGGAACACGUCCAGCUGCAGUACGUCCUUCUGUAGUACGUCCUUCUGUAGUACGUCCUUCUGCAGUAAGUGGAGGAGCAAGGAAAGUAAUGAAAGGACGACGACAUGCUGCGAGCCAUACCGUUAAAAAGGAGUUGCUUACAUUGGAGGAGCAAAAGAAGCAACGUCGACGCUCACAAAUCGCCUCUAGUGUACAACGACACCGAGAGAAGAAAAAAUGUCUUGUCUCGGCACUCCAAGCCGAAAUGACGGGGCUCAUGCAGCAAGUGACGGCUUUGCGAGCAAUGAGACGAUCUCAGAUGGCCGACAAUGAUCAGCUCGUGGCGUAUCAAGAAGAAGCGAUGACACAACGUCGCAAGCGAAGGCAAGCAGAACAUACACACCAAGAGUUGAAGCAGGCGUUAUUCCAUCAAACAUCGUUCCUCAAUGGAUUGCGGUCACUUAUGAGUGACGGGAACAUGCCUUGUUCCAAGACGCUUGAAUUUCAUGACUGGGUACAUUCGUAUACGGCACUGGCGUCGAGAGACAUGAUUGCCAGAAGAAAAGAAUACAUAGCUCACUUUCCUAAGAGCAAGAUGGACCUUGCGACGAAUUUGGUGCUGAAAAACACUUACGUGGAGACUCAACACUUACUGGCAAGUGGUCAAAUGUACAUGGGAAAGGUACGAAUGUUGCACGACGGUACGCGAAACGCACAAACACUUGAUGAUGGUCUUACCGACGUCAUGAUGCGCAAGCUCUUGACAAGCGACCGUGGCAGGUCAGAGGAGGCCGGAGAUGGGCGGGUGGUGAAAGAAUUUACGUCUGUUUUUUUAUUUCUGGAAACGACUCAAUGUACGAUUGAAGCGCUAAUGGAUCUUGUGUUUACAAGUAUGCGGUCUGUUGGUGUGUAUUACCCAAGUGCUACUUAUCAAUCCCGAGCAGUGGACGAAGUGUUAUACACCGAAGCGGAUGGUGUAACGAAGUCGAGUAUUUACUACACCGAAUUAGUGGCUUCGAUGGAGCCAGUUUUCGAGGCAAUAGAGGACGAUCACGAGAUUAAAGUUGAGGCUCGUGUCAUCACCAGAGAACAGCGUAGUCCGAAUGGUGGGAUGAUUCUAUGGGAUUAUGUAGACGAUGACACGUUAAAUCCAUUGCCCUCGGAUGCUCCAGGUCAAAAGAUCAUUUGCCGCAAUGUAUGCGGUGGCAUGGUCAUCCGCAAAGAGCCGGGGACUGGCAUGAUUUCCGUCCGUCACACUUCGAUGAAGGCGUAUUCUCCUUUACCAAAGGCCGAGAUUGUAUCCAAUAAAUUCGAAAACAUUGACGCUGAAGAGGCUCGUCGAACUGUUACCCGACACAUUGCACUUCAAGCUUCCGAAUGCGACCGCUUGAGUGAUCGAUGCACUCGCCAUGUCUACGACGACAUAACAAGGCGAUUAAACUUACGCACUGCAUUUUGA